AUGCCUGACGAAUUUAUACAGGAGCCUGGUUAUAUUUCCACCCAGCGGAACGAUUGGCAAGGCAGACCUGUUCCGUCUCUUCAACCCAAAAAGAACACAGUUCUUGUGUCCCACGGAAGGCCACCCUGGUAUGCGGAAGAUGGCGCGAGAAUAUCAGACGCGUUCGUUAUCGGUGUAGCUGGAGGUUCAGCAAGUGGAAAGACGCAUGUCGCUAGGCAAAUUGUACGAAGGCUUGGGUCAAUACCCACUGUUAUUAUACUAUCACAGGUUCAAUUCUUCAUCAUCCUCGGAUUCAUUGUACUCAUCUUCAAAGAUGUCCAGGAUAGCUUUUACAAAUAUCACAAUGAGGAAGAAUUGAAAUUGGCACACGCCAACCUACUCGACUUUGACCAUCCAGACGCAAUUGACAUGCCAUUGUUUGCAUCGUGCCUUGCUGACCUUAAAGCCUGUAAACAAACCAACAUUCCCGUAUACUCCUUUGCAGAACAUCAAAGACUGGAAGAAACGAAAUACUUGUAUGGAGCCACUAUCAUUAUUGCGGAGGGCAUCAUGGCUCUUACUGAUCCUGCGUUACGCGCCCUGUAUGAUCUGAAGAUUUUUGUGCAAUGUGACUCAGACUUGAUGCUUGCAAGGCGCAUCAAGCGAGACGUUAAAGAACGUAGACGAGAUGUUGGCGGCAUUCUCGACCAGUACCUACGAUACGUAAAGCCCUCAUACGACAAUUUCGUGCGACCUUCAGCGGCUCACGCUGACAUCAUUGUUCCAGGUUCGAAUAAUGAUGUGGCUAUUGACUUGAUAUGCACACAUGUUCGCCAAAAACUCCAGGAACGUUCGAAUAAAUUCAGAGAACAAAUUGCCAUUCCUCAUCGAUACAUUUCUUUUCCAUCCGGAGUUUCUACUCCAGAAAGGAGGCUGGAAGACCUCAACCUGACUAUUCUUCCUCAAACUCGCCAAGUCCAUGGCAUCUUUUCCAUUCUGCGAGACAAAAGUACAAGCCGACAGGACUUUAUUUUUUUUACUGAUCGGCUUUCGACCCUAUUAGUCGAGUAUGCUUUGCAGCACCUGCCGUAUAUACCCAAAACUGUUACGACUCCGGUUGGUGUUCAGGCCCAUGGCAAAAAGUUGGGUGCAAGGUACAUCUGUGGGGUUACAAUUCUACGCUCAGGAGGUGCUCUAGAACGUGGAUUUCGCCGCGUCAUCAAUGAUGUCCCAGUGGGUUCAUUACUUAUCCAAUCCGACAGCAAGUCCGGCGAAGCACUUCUACUUCAAGUUACUCUCCCUAUAUACGUUCGUCAUCGACACCUGGCAGAUGAAUCUUAUGUAUUCCUACUCGAUGCACAGAUUGGUACCGCCGCCGCCGCGUUCAUGGCUAUCCGCAUCCUUUUAGACCAUGGUGUAAAGGAAGACCACAUUAUUUUUGUGACAAUCUUAGUCGCUCGCGAAGGAGGCGUUUCUGUUUUAAGGCGUGCCUUCCCUGGAGUUAAGAUUGUUUGCGGAGCUGUGGACGACGAGAUGCAGGAAGGAUGGCUUGAGGGGUACAAGGGCGAAGGUAACCCGGAAGGAAAAGGGCGGAAAGUGUGGGUGAUGAAGCCGGGUAUGGGUCAAAUAGGCGAUCGUUACUAUCUAUGA